GGAGGUAGACCUUUCAUGCUGAUAUUGACAGCAACAAUUACCAGUGCAUGCAGCUAGCUGCAGUUCAGGAAUGCCGAAAGUUUCACGAGGAGAAGAUAUGUGGAGAUGUUGAGAAGAAGCUGAGAACUAAUAUCCUUUCGUAAGCUCCGCGAUCGGCCUCCAGAGUACAUGGCUUUAUGUAGACCAUAGUUGACCUGAAUAACCAGUUGAAACGACGCAUGUGGGUUACAUGCAGUACCAAAACCUUGGGGUUGACGACAAUUCGCUGAGUCACAAAAGUACACGCUACUGAACCAACCACAGCGUGUGUGACAGAGUGGAAUUUUGUUUCUUGUAGUUCGGACCUUAAGGGUCAGGUACCUGUUCUUACUGGUCCUCAAGCUGAAGGGAACUAUUCACCCUGAUGCGGGUUGGUUCAUCUUCGUCAGACUACAUGUAACUCGAACUUCCCUCGACCUGGGGAAGUUACGAGGUCGGGCGUGUCGACCUGUAAGUGACCACCAUAGCCACCCGCCCUGCAUGGGCGGAGAAUGAAUGAAGUAAAUUUCCCGACGAAGCUGAGGGUCCAGAGGUCGACAACUGGCUCCUUUGGAGCUCGAUGAGGCAACAGUGGAGUCCUCGAGGAAGUUCAAAGUAAGUCGAGGCUCAUGAUUCAAGCAGAGGACUGGAAUGAUGCUCUCCGCUGACGUUUUUCUCCUCGACACUUUCUUCGCACAUUGAGGUACGGGCUCGUCUGGGCGUUAAAUUCGCAAGUGUCGUGAGUUUGGUGGUUUGGGCAUUUCCACUCUCAGCUGGGUCGAAGCCCUCUCCUCGCUCCUCGUGGCGAGCUGCAAUCAUCAUAUAAAUGAUUCUCAAUACCAUUACCUCUGCUGUUGUAUGCGAAUGGUCAGUGCGCCACGCCCCUCUCUUCCUUCUCAAUGAUCGAAGCAAAACCUGGCAUGGCGGGACCAAAUUGCACCGUAGAUCCCGCACUGCGCGUUCUCGUGCGGCUUCCUCGGCUUUGGAGAGGGCUCAGUUUUUGGGUAAGAGCCUGGAGAAGAGGUCCUUAUGCGACAUUCGUCCGAAGAAAAUCAGUCGGUUCAGAAAAUUGACAGUAGCAGCGAGGGCAUUAGAAGAUCGUCAGCCGAGUCUUAAGCGGUGGAACAGCAAGUCAACAUUCAAGCCAAGUCGUUGGGACACCGUUAAAGAUCACCACAAUCCCAAGGGACAAGGGAGACCCAGAAAACCCACCUCGAAGACGGUGGUGGAUGACUCCAGAACAGCCAAGGGCACGGACGGGAGGGAUGAUGGGAAGCGAGCUGAGGCCGAGCGAAUUCCGAUUGCAACCCGACAUGCACCGAGAGAAAUUGAGGAUGAAGAGAUUCUCGUGUCUGCGAGACAGGUGGGCAUUCGUGGAGCAGGGCGGGUGCUGCUGAGAGAAGCCAGAAAAGGAGCAAUGUACAUGAAGGACAAGUUGAGCAAGACCGACGUGAAGAAGUUGUUUAGCACAACAGUAGAGGCAACCCACGCAACGCCCUUUCCACCAUUCACAGGGUCUCUGAUCGCCACAGUGGGCGCCGUCAUGCUAUUUGGAUUAUGUGUAGACAUGAUGCUCUGGAAGAUGAGCAAAGGUUCAGGUAUGAACAAUGUUCGCGCAGGCACUCUGAGUUCUAAUGAAGAGAUCGGAAGAGGAGAAGAUUCACUGAGAUCCAGAGCGCCGUCUGCUCUUUCGGUGCUUUUAGAUGGGGAUCUCAGGCGCAAAGAAUCCGUCGAGUGGUUGAACAUGAUCAUCGGCAAGCUGUGGAAUUUGUAUAGACGAGGAUUAGAGAACUGGCUAGUUAGCCUUUUGCAACCUAUCAUUGACAAUCUGGAGAAGCCAGACUACGUCAAGAAGGUUCAAGUUAAGCAAUUCUUUCUCGGGGACGAGCCCUUGAGUGUCAGAACCGUUGAGAGGAGAACAUCUCGGCGGGCUGACGAUCUGCAGUACCAUGUAGGAGUGAGGUACACAGGUGGAGCUCGCCUCCUCCUUUUGAUUACUCUAAAGUGGGGUAUUUUCCCACUUACCAUUCCGGUCGGAGUCAGAGGGUUGGACGUUGAUGCUGAAGUUUGGGUAAAAUUUCGCAUGAUCCCAACCGAUCCUUGGGUUGGGCAAGCUACUUGGGCUUUUGUGACACUCCCAAAAAUCAAGCUAGCCCUUGCACCGUUUCGGCUUGUGAAUUUGAUGGCCAUCCCCUUCCUGUCGAUCUUCUUAGCCAAGUUACUGACUGAGGAUCUUCCGGAGCUUUUCGUUCGUCCUAACAAAAAUGUCGUAGAUUUUCUUCAAGGCCGAGCAGUUGGGCCUGUAUCGAAGGACUUCAAGGACGGCUUCUUUACAGAUCAAAGCAGUUUUUUCACAGGAGAGCUCUCCGUGACCUUAAUAGAAUGUAGGAAGUUAUCUUACAUCCCAUAUCUGAAAACCGAUCCGUAUGUGAUUUUUGUUCUCGGUGAGCAAGUUGUGAGGAGUAAGAAGAACAGUCAAACGUCGAUCAUAGGUCCUCCAGGUGCCCCAGUGUGGAAUCAGGACUUCAAACUACUAGUUGUAGACCAGAAGACUCAGCAUCUUUCUCUUACUGUGCACGAUACUAUCGGCUUCACUUCGUAUCCAGUUGGUUCCGUCGAUAUUGACCUUACAACUCUGCAAGAUACUGUCCCCGUAGACAGAAAGCUAAUUCUGAAAAGUGGAUGGGGGCCGCUUCCGAAACGUUUUGCGGGAGAAUGUAUCUUGAGGCUUACUUACAAGGCGUACAUUGACGAGGAAGGGCAGGAAAUUCCUGUAGGACCAGGGGAUGGGAUUUAUGGCAAUGGCAACAACGAGCUUGUUGGAAGUGCAGUAGAGCAAGUCCAGGAAGUGGCCACCUUCUUCAAAGAGGAAGCUGGCCGAGUGGCAGAAUUUUUUCAGGAAAAAGAUCUCGCCAAGAACAUGCUUUCGUCCCUCAAUGCCGUCACCAGCAAUGAAGACGUGGAACGAGUGCUCCCCUUCUUGGCUUCUGAGAAGGGAAAUCCUAGUGAAGAUGGGAUGGAUUUACAGGAGGAAGUCAGUAGUUUUAAACUGUUGAAUGAGGCUCGGUCUGUACAAGCAGCCAUUGCUACAAAGGCGAUUGAUAGCGAGAUGAAGAGUACCAACAAAGACAGUGACAAUAGUUUAAAGGCGACCACCGAGGACAAGCAGGUCAUCAUCGAAAACCAGGAUGGAACUCUGUCUGAGAGGGUCGUGCCGGGCGAGAAAGACAGUCAAGAUAAAUCAGCCUUUGUCUGGUUUGCGGCUUUAACAGGGCUUAUAUUGUUGGUAGCUUUGGACUUGAAUAUGUCGAACAUUCUCAACCCUUGAUCGACUCAUGCCCGCUGUUGUACAG